AGGUGAAUGAGUCAUGUCUAUUUUGGUGCUUCCACGUUGGCCUGAUCCACGCGUUUGUUUACACGUCGGGUUUCCCUCUAAUAAAAGACGUGCACACGAUGACAUCAACAUAACUCAGUUUUCCAGAGACCAGGGAAGUCUCACAAGCCUUCCUGUACCUUUUGUAAGGAUUGGCUUACGUUACGCGUGGCGCGAAACAAGGUAGGCCCCCCUCCCCCACCAUAUCCCAGAUGUCCGUGGCUGAGACCGCAUCUUUUUGGCCUCAUAUCAUGCAGCCUGCCGGGGACGAAGCCUCGUCCGUCCCGUCCCUUCAGGACGUGAUAGAGGUGUACAACAGGGUGUAUACAGCAGUGUGGGACGUAGGGACUCAUAGAUCACAGCAACAGAAAGCCGGCUGUCAACCAGAAAGCAUGGAAAGAAAACAAGAACAGGACGACAACUGUGAUGAACAUUUAGAGUUAGACGACUUACCGGAGCCAGUGAAGUUACACAUCCUAUCCUUCCUGGAUGUUAAGUCCAUCUGUCAGCUGGCCGCAUCCAGUCGAGACUGGAGGAUUCUGGGUAAUGACAACAUCCUCUGGAGAAAUCUGUUGGACAGAGAUGGGCCUUCCUGGUCAUCCAUUGGUCACAGGGGAGGAACGGACUUGAGUAAAGAUGACCAUAAAUGGAGGUAUGUCCAGUGCUGUCCUGAGGCACAGAGGCACAAAGAAGCUUCUUCCAUUGGUUCCCAGCUCAGAGGUUACCUGAGGUCACUGUUUCCUAAGACCCUCCCCAUGGUAGCCAUGUUUGGACCUGGCCUGAACACCAACACUUCUCAGAUAGUCCGAGCGAUCAUCAGCGGAAAGGAGGGAGUUUUCAACACUAACAUGCAGAGUACCAUGUGGCAGACAAAGCUCCCAAGAAGAGGAGGGGGAGGAGGACUUGCCAUCAAGUUCAGAAACAAGCAGGAAUUCUUCCUCAUCACUCUGUACUCAGGAACCAGAAGAGAACGUGAAGGCCAGUCUGCAGCAAACAAACUCCUAGUACCCAAGACACCCACCUCUGCAGAUGCCGAACCAGAAUACGAGCUGAAACACACCUUCCGCCGGCUGUGCUCUGAGGUCGCAGGCUUCAUAUUCGUGGUGGACGCAUCACUAGGGAUAGACCAUGUUGAGUCAGGAUUAGCAGAGCUGCAGGCCAUGACUGACCAGCGCUGGACUCCGGCCUCCACCCCAGUCCUGGUGCUGUCCUGUGUCCCAGGGGAGGGGGAGACCAGACUGACCUGUAUCAAGGUUAUGGAAGCCUUACAGCUGGGGAGCAUGACCAGACCAUGGCAGGUGCAGAACGCAGUGGCAGGAAGUCUGCAGGAUGUAGAUACGGGUGUCGAGUGGCUCAUGAACAAUAUGCAGGGUACGUGAUGUCCUGUGCUCAAAAACUCUGUGUCACUGUCUACUAACUGUCAAAUACUGUACGUUUGUUGGUACUCAAAGCAUACAUUUGCAAUUGAGGCAAUGGUACUUAAAUGUUUUUGAUG